UCUUGGAUACUUCUGGCAGCCUUCUUCCAUCCACACUUGCCUUACAUCAUCACCGGUGUAUCAUUGCUUGGUCGGAUUGAUGCCCGGGAUGAGUCAAACAAUAAGCGGGUGGCACGCUACAACAUGGAGGUAAGCUUUAAUUUACGAGGCAUGGCUCCUUGCAAAUACUCCGAUCGUGUCAUCGCAUUCGAUAACAGAGGGAAGUUCCUCCUAUUGAAGAUCGUGGCAAAAAGAAGAAGCGAGGAAAGUGAAGAGAAGAUGCUGACGGCGCCUCAGUUUGCAGAAGGGCCCCGGGUGCACACACCAAUCGAUGAUGCUACGGAUGAACCAGCAGCUGCAGCGGUAUCGAAGAAAAGGGUUGUGGAGAUGGAAGGCGCGAAAAGUGAAGAGGAGAUGCGGACAGCGCCUGACUUUGCGAAAAGGCCCCGGACUCACAUGGCAAUCAAUGCUGUUGAUGAAGCAGCAACAGCAGCAGCAGCAGAAGCAGCAUCGACAUCAAAAAAAGGGGCCGUGAAGAUAGAAGACAACGCCGCCAAGUGUGGCAAACCAGAGUGGGAGAAGACAAUUCAGCAACAGGAGGUGUCAGGCUUGGAGCUGGCGUGCAGGGAAGCAGCAGUGAAUGAAUUGAGAGAAGAACAUGCAAAGGGGCUCCAAAAGCUAGAAGAGGACUUAAGGCUGCAGUGGAUGAACGCACUGAAUGAAUUGAUAAAAAAUCAGGUCGAGAGGGUCCAGAAGGUGGAAGAGGACAUUGAGGAAAAGCGCAUGAAAGCAGUGAAUGAAUUGAGAGAAGAGCAUAGAGAGAGGCUUCAAAAGUUGGAAGACGACUUGAAGAUGAAGUGCAUGAAAGGAGUGAGCGAAUGAAAUGAAAGAAGAGCAUGCAGAGAGGAUGUGAAGGAAGUGCGAGAAGAGCAUGCAGAGAGGCUGUGAAGGAAGUGCGAGAAGAGCAUGCAGAGAGGGCCCGGAAUGCGGAAGAUUUAGCUUGGACCCUGAUAGCUUCUUGUGACUGCGGCUCUGUAGUGCAUUUGGUGUGUUUGCACUUGGGGUGUUUGUACGUUUUCCACAAACACUGUGUUCUUCUAUAUGUGGUGGGAGGCAGCAUAAGUAAAGUUUUGCGUUGCCU